AUGUUCAUUCAACAAGGAAAACAAGAAGGAUGGCUGCAGGCCGAUCUCGGGACCACUUAUGCGUGGCUGCGGCACAACGGAGUCAAGUUCGAGGCGGUCGGUCCCAGAGUGAUAGACGGAAGAGGAACUGCUCUGGUCGCGAGCGAAGAUAUAGAAUCUCUCUCGCCGCUGUCACGGGAAAUUUUGACUGUUCCCAAAGAACUAGUUCUGUCAAGCGAAACUGUGAACAAUCAUGCCCUGUUCGAUCAGGACCUGAGGCAGGUCAUUGAGAGUCUUGGUGAUUGGGGCCGGACUGCCAGAGGAGCGAUACUUACGUUCUUGCUAUACCAAGCUUCUCUGUCAUGCCCAAGCAUCGUUGAGAAAAUCGGCGUGCGAUGUGAGUUCACUCAAUAUGUCAAGACGCUGCCGUGCGAAAUGCUUCCUACGUUCUGGAACGCAGAAGAACUGCACCUACUUGAUGGCACCACCCUCGCACCAGCCGUUUCCUCCAAGAUGAUUCGCCUGCACAAAGAGUACGAUGAACUAUGCGCGAUGGCUGCAAACACCAAGUGGUUUCGGCUCGUUCAGACACAUCUCGAUUUUGACGACUGGAUGCAAGUGGAUGCAAUGUUUCGCUCCAGAGCGCUUGAAUUUCAUGGCUCUUGCAUGAUACCUGGGAUGGACCUUGCCAGCCAUGCACCUGGCGAAGCGACCAACGUGACAUAUGACAAGACCGAGGAUUCAUAUGUCUUGCGGUUAAUUCACGGGAAGUCUGUGAAGAAGGAUGAAGAGAUCGCAAUUACGUACGGAGACGAAAAGGGAGCCUGCGAGAUGUUGUUUUCUUAUGGCUUCAUUGACCAUGCGAUGGAUACCGCCGAAACGCUGUUCCUCAGCCUUUCAAUCCCCAUGACUGACGCAAGCAGAGCUGCGAAAGCGAGAGUCGCAAAUUGCGCUCCGGGGUUCAAGCUAAUAGACAUUGCAGACACCAACGAUUCGAUGGCUGCCACUCCGAACUCACACGCAGAGAUCGACUGGAAGGGCGAUUUCGUCUGGCUCCUCUGCGUGAGUGAAGACGACGGUCUCUCCUUCCAGCUCGCUCAAACUAUCGAUGGGGAAGAAGAAAUCUGCGCCAACUUUCGGGGCCAGGACUUUGAGGGUGCCGACGGACUACGGAGACUUCUCGCACAGGACAAAUUGUGGGAUGUCUUUAGACUGCGGGCAAUUGUCAUUCUGCAACAGCGUGUGUUCGAGCAGCUCCAGGCACUGUUUGAGACGCAGGAAAGCGUUGAACUUACGCCGCAUGGCGACGGAACACCGAUUCGAACCGGACCCUGGGACCUAGCGUUGAAGCUGCGAAGGCUUGAAUUCGAGCUUCUAGAAAAGGCAUACGAGGUAUUCGAGGCUCAGAAAAUUGAGCUGGCUGACUCGCCCGUGGUUCGAGAAUAUCUGACAGAGAUGAAUCGGACGGAAUGAUGACUAGCGAGCGAAGGCUUACAGUAGAAUCGGAGAUCAUGCCAGAACCGAGAAGGAGGUCACUGAGGUGCGAGCAUGCACGUACCAUAUGUUGUGGCGAGCGCAGAAACGUCAGGUGGUCAGGUUGUGGAGCAGCAUCUUGCAAAGGUUGAGCAGCAAUGGGUCCGUCAUGGUGCAGGAGAGGACGACACGCGGGCCCAACCAGGGCAUUGCGUUGCUCAACCGCAUGCCGCCAUGGCUGCCCAGCUGGGCUAAAAUCGCCUGCGCUAAUCAAGCACCCCACAAAAGCCACAAAGACAGCCCUGGACCCGACUCUCUGCAGGUGAUAACCUUGGAAUAAAUUAUAGGGCCUUCUUUUCGUUCUGUAAAUGGGAAACUACAUACGAUGCGCUCC